UAUCUAAUCAGCCAAUUGUGUGGCAGCAGUGCAGUGCCUAAAAUCAUGCAGAUACAGGUCAAGAGCCUCCGUUAGUGUUCACAUUAACUAUCAGAAUGGGGGGAAAAUGUGAUCUCUGUGAUUUUGACCAUGGCAUAAUUGUUGGUGCCAGACAGGCUGGUUUGAGUAUUUCUAUAACUGCUGAGCUCCUGGGAUUUUCACACACAACAGUCUCUAGUGUUUACUCAUAAUGGUGCAAAAAACGUCCGGUGAGCAGCAGUUCUGUGGACAGAAACGUCUUGUUGAUGAGAGAGGUAAAUGGAGAAUGGUGAGACUGGUUCGAGCUGACAGAAAGGCUACAGUAACUCAGAUAACCACUCUGUACAAUUGUGCUGAGCAGAAAAGCAUCUUAGAAUUUGAGGCGGACAUGCUACAACAGGCAGAAGCCUAGAACAGAAAGCUGAGGCUGCAGUGGGCACGGGCUCACCAACACUGGACAGGUGAAGAAACGUAGGUGAAGAAGAAGGCGAAGAAACGUAGCCUGUUCUGAUGAAUUUCGAUUUCUGCUGAGGCACAUACAUGAUAUGGUCAAAAUUUGGCUCCAACAGCAUGAAUCCAUGGACCCAAUCUACCUUGUGUCAGCAGUCCAGGCUGGUGGAGGUGGUGUAAUGGUGUGGGGAAUGUUUUCUUGGCACACUUUGGGCCCGUUGAUGAUAAUCAAUCAGUCGUGGCUUCAAUGCCACAGUGUAUUUGAGUAUUGUUGCUGACCAUGUACAUCCCUGCAUGACCACAAUUUACCAUCUUCUAAGGGUUACUUACAGCAUGAUAAUGCACCAUGUCACAAAGCAAAAGUCGUCUCAAUCUGGUUUCAUGAACAUGACGAUGAGUUCAGUGUUCUUCAGUGGCUUUCCCAGUCACCGGAUCUGAGUCCAGUAGAACAGUUUUGAGACGUGGUAUAACGGGAGAUUCGCAGCAUGAACGUGAACCUGAAAAAUCUGCAGGAACUGCAUGAUGCGAUCAUCUCAACAUGGACCAGGAUCUCAGAGGAGUGUUUCUAACAUCUUGUGGAAACCAUACCAUGAAGAACAGAGGCUGUUUUGAGAGCAAAGGGACUGAGAGCCUUACCCAGGAUUAGUAUAGUGUUCCUAAUAAAGUGCUCGAAAUGAUACGAAGAAGAAAAAGAAGGAGAAACAUCCAGCCUUGAAACAAAACAUUGUCCCAUUUACCUUCACAUAUCACUCGAUCCUAGUGGCAGCGAUUACUAUUUGGUGCAAUCUGAUUGGUCCAAAUUCCUGAUUGACACACGGCGUAACCAAUGAGGAAUGGCUAACGUUCCGCACGUGACGUCACAACGCCAUAAAAGCGGAAGCGUGUUUGCGAAUGGACUAGUGAGAGCCGCCAUCAGCAGGCAGCAGGGAUAUGAUGGUCAAAUAGGGAUAAAAACCCGAUUAAACCCAGGUUUAGUUUUCACCCGUGACACUUUAUAUGAAGCUUGGCGCAGUUAUAAAGGGUUUUUUAAGACUCCUGUCGCAUUUAUGUCUGCGUGUUUAGUGAGGUUUUUGGUUUUUGCUGACUUCUCUGUAGGUAAAUAAUGGAGGCUUUGUGCACGAGCUCAGUAACGGAUCUGUCCCUGCAGGACACCAGGCUGCAGCUGAAGCAGGAAGAAGGGCAUGAGGUUUGGAGCUACCUUUUCAUUUAGAGGGAAAAGAAAACAUCCAAGUUUAUACUGCACUGAUUUUCAGGGCUGGAAGAUCUGGUGGAGAUCUGGAAUUUCAGGAUUUUUUUCCUGACUCUUUUCUGCCUAAAAUGCAACCCGUGUCCACACUGAUGCAACACCAUGAAGAUCGUGCUGGAGAGACACACAAACCACAGGAAAAUGUGAACAGUUUGAUACUUGAUAUUAAAACAGAACCAGAUCUGUUGGAUAUUGAGUCCUUUGUAUACAGUGAUGAGCAUGAAGAUUUAUCGACCUCUAAAGACGGAUGGGAUUGUGAAUCUGAACAGGAGAACGAGUACACCCUCGAGCAGUGUGAUGACGGACGCAGUACAUUAACUAUUAUUAAAAAGGAGCCUCCUGAAGAAGAACUGAGUUUCUGUGGUGAGCUGCAAUCAAAUUGUAAAAUCGAAUCAAUAGAAAUAUCUAAUAGUGAAGAAGAAGGUGACACAUCACUGGAGGAAAAUGAGGAGAUAAACAUGACAGGUGAGUGCUCCUACCUGCCCUCUGCUAAAGUCUUUAAGUCAUGCUCUGAAUGUGGAAGGAUGUUUCCUACCUCAUCCUCAUACAACAGACACAUGAGGAUACACAGUGGCGAAAGACCUUUCCAGUGCUCUCAGUGCAAUAAGACAUUUACUCAGUUCUCUUCAUUUAAAAUCCAUCAAAGGAUACACACCGGAGAAAAGCCAUAUCACUGCUCCGAAUGUGAAAAAACAUUCAGCCGCUUAGACGCUCUCCACCUCCAUCAGAGAACUCAUACUGGAGAAAAACCAUACAAGUGCGCUCACUGUCCCAAAACCUUUACUCGCCUACACGUGCUUCAGAACCAUCAGAGGACACAUACCGGAAUAAAGCCGUAUCAAUGCUCACACUGCGCUAAAACAUUUACACGCUUAUGCAGCUUUAAAAUACACAAGAGAAGGCACACUGGAGAGAAACCGUACCUGUGUGGAACCUGUGGAAAACAGUUUGUGGAUGCCUCAAAUCUGAAGAAUCACCAGAGGACACACACAAAAGAGCGGCCGUAUCAGUGCUCGCAGUGCGACAAGACCUUCAUUCAGCUGGGUCACCUCACAAGCCACCGCAGAAAAACCCACAGUAUAGAGACUGUAACAGUGCUCUGACUGUGGGAAGAGUUACACCUCGUUAUCUACACUUCUUUACCAUAAGAAACACACACUUUCAUAUCCGGGACAACCCUUUUCAACGCACUACAUAAGACAUGACUUAAUGACUGUUACAUAGAUUAUAUGUGGAUAUGUAAGGGUCUGAGCCCUGGUUUAACAGUCGUAUUAUCGUUUUUUUCACCUCAGUUAAUUUUCAAAGCCAAGUUCUGACAACAAUAAUAUUUGAGUAUUUUUUUUUCCUUGUGUAUAUUUAUUUAUAAUAUAUUUCUUAAUUUCUUACUUUUUUAAAUGACCGGUAUCGUGCAGUAAAAUGAAUGCAUUGUUUGUAUAUUCUGUUUAAAUGGUGUUGCUCAAUGAAUGCAAAAAUUUUCUUUUGUAUUUCUGCCAAAUCACUACACAGUUUGUUCCAAAAGGAUACACAUAAAAGUGUGUGUAUUUGAUUUACAAUAAAGAGUUCAAAUGUCA